AUGUCUGCAAAAGGUUUGAAAUCUAUGAAAGAUGAAAAGAAUGAUUUGCAGAAGCAGAUUGGGUGCAUCACUGGAUUUUUUCAGCUCUUUGAUCGCCACCGUAUCAUUACGGGCCAACGCAAUAGCGGUUACAUUCCGAAUUCAUCUUCUUCGGGUGUAAAGAUUGCAAAAGAGAAGCAAAAAUUCUCUACCGAAUCAUCGAUAACAUCUGUGUAUUCAUCGUCGUGUUCAUCUAGCAUGUCAUCAAUUGAUUUCAACAGAAUAAUCAAGAUUGAAUCGUCAUCGACCAAACAAAUCCAAAUUCCGAAAAAAACACAUUCGAGCCAACGAUCACUUGAUUUCUAUGAUGUUGUCAAAGAUUCGAUGCGCAGAGAAGGUAAAGGUUUAUAUGUGAAAACAUUAACCAAGGAAGAGAAAAAGGGUCAAGCUUAUGCAUUGAAGAAUCAACAUGUAGACUCUCCGAGGCCUAUGCUAUCGAAGAAAUCUUUCGAUGAAGCAGUUAAGGUUUCGAAAGAACCGUUACAUAAUCUUUCGAAAUCAAGAAAACCACAAUGGGACUCACCGCGACUCUCUUAUGAUGCAGUGAAAUCCGCCAUGGUGCAUAAGGAACUUCCUAGGUUUUCCUUGGACAGCAAGCAAGGGUCCGAUAGACGGAUCAACGAAGGAAACAAGGCUCGCAACGUGUCAAAUGGUUCGCAAAAAGGGUACGAGAGAAACUCAGCGAGCCAGUUGCAAGAAUUAGAAACACCGAAAAGAUCAUCAAGUGUUGUUGCUAAACUGAUGGGACUAGAAGCUCUCCCGGACUCGAUACAAACUUGUCGGACUUCUAGCUGCUUAACCGAUCAAAUAGAGCUGAACGCAAGAACAAGCACAAACGAUGAAUACAAAAAACACCAAUGUCCGGCAUCCCCGAGCAAUAGAAGGGAUGAUGGUUCACUCAAAAACGUGACACAACCUUCGCGAUUCGCUCUCGAAUCGACGACUCCGUGGAGACAACAUGAUGCAAACCAAAGUUCUUUGUUGCAAGAUUCUUCAAAGGGGAGUGAUUCUGAUACAAAAGCAUCAAAGUCUUCGCUUUCUGUAUACGGAGAAAUUGAAAAAAGGCUAGCGGAACUCGAGUUCAAAAAGUCGGGAAAGGAUCUAAGAGCCCUUAAACAGAUUCUUGAAGCAAUGCAGAGAUUUACAGAUUCAUCAUCUAACACUAGGAGCAUUAAUACUAGUCUCAGUGAAAGUUCUAAAGUCCAAAGCCCGAGAAUACCACAAAAGGACUCGGAAUCUGUCACAGUUGAAUCAUCGAAUUCAACCCGUGAUUGUAAAUCGCCAAUUGUCAUCAUGAAACCAACAAAAGUGACUCGAAAAUCCAAUAAUAUUCCUUCAACAGAACUUUCAGUUCAUGGAAGAUUGGUUGAUAAACAAAAAGCUAAAGGCAGAAAUGGAAAAAACACCAUCAACUGCAGUAACAUAACGGUAACUGGGAGUCCAAGACUUCCGAAGAAGUUUGGAUUCGAGAGGUGUUCUCGGCCGACUAGUGCAUCAUCCGGUUCCACGAUUAACCAAACACACCAUAAUAGGCCACUUGUGAAGCUUUCGACUUCUUCGUGCUCAACACAUAGACACGAUUUCUCCAUUUCGCAGGAUAGAGACGAACAUUUUAAUAUGACGAGAUCUCAGAGAAAAUUUAAGCAUCAUGUUAAUGUCAUUUCUUCAGAUUUUGACAGCAACAGAAGCUUGGACACUCUUGAAGUUCUUCGGAUCGAUCAAUCAGUGAAUAUCAAUCAAAAUGAUGCAUUUGAAGAGUUGAGGAAUGAAAGCGCUAAGGCUGAUAAAACUGUCACAGCGGAACAGCCGAGUCCUGUAUCUAUUCUUGAUGCUGCAUUCUAUAAGGAAGAUCCACCGUCUCCCGUGAAAAAGAAAUCGAACAUUUCAAAAAAAUUAGGUGAAGCUUUAAGCAUUGAAGUCGAUAUUGAGCAGAACUCAGUUGAUCAAAUUCUGCGACAAAUUGAUUGGAACGAUGAAAAACUCGUUAAUUUCAACAACAUUGAGAAUCCUGAUCAUAAGUAUAUAUCAGAAAUACUGAUAGCUUCAGGUCUAGUCACUGAUCGAAACUCUAACGAGUUACUUCAUUCACAAGGCACCUUGAUUAGCCCAAAAUUAUUCUUAGCACUCGAACAAAUAAAGACAAAUACGACGCGUUUCAACAUUGAAGACAAUGCGAAGAACAUUUCCAUAGGUAAUAGUCCUGAGAAAUUGCGAAGAAAACUCAUAUUCGAUGUUGUCAACGACAUUUUAGCAGAGAGAAAGGUAAAAGGGAAGAAGCUUUACGAAGAGCUAUGUAGAGAAAUCGAUGACUUACAACCUCGAAACAUGAGUAUCGGCUUUGUUCACGAGGAUGAGAAUUCGAUAAGUCUAUUAUCAAGAGAUUUGAAGGAUCGGAACACAGUUUGGACUAACCGUUGCAGCGAGAAACCGAACAUCGUGUUGGAUAUCGAACGGUUGAUCUUUAGAGACUUAAUAACUGAAGUUUGUGAGAGAUGA